AUGACAGCAACAAACAACAACAGCAACUAUAUCGUUUCUGAUGAAAAUAUCAUUGAUUCAUUAGCUGAGGAAUUAGUUGUGGCAGAAACUAAAACCCUCAACGAAAGAAUUGGUGAAAACAAGAUUGAUUUACAUAACUACCUCAAACAUGAUGGAGGAAGAGGAAGGAAAACUGGUAUGGCUUUAUUAGUAAAUAAAAUUUCAAAUUUAACGAUUAUAGAUGUUGAUAUCAAUAAAUCAUACAAUGAUGAACUUAAAGAAACAGUUAGAAAAGACAUUUUAUCAAAACUUUCGGAUAAAGAUGUUAUCGUUAAAACCGCUUCAGGAGGUCUUCACAUUUAUUGCAACACUAAUUUCUUCUAUUCAACCUCGAACAGAAUGAUUAAAUGUUAUUCCUGCAAUGAUUAUGAUAUUGAUAUAAUGACUUCAAUGGAUGAUUCAAAGCGUUCAUUAGUGGUUAUGGCUGAUUCAAGAGUUCGCAAGAAUGCAACAGAACCAAUCAAAACAUACUCAUUCAUUCGUGGAAGUUAUGAUUCAACAUUAACUAGAACAGUAAACGAUAUAUUAAAUGAUUUGAAUAUUAAGGUAAGAGUUGAACAGAAGAAUGAAGAAAUAAAGAGUAUAAUGAAUGAAAACAAAGAUGUAAACAUUGAUGAUAAACUAGCUCAAAGCAUAGUUGAUGGCAUCUGUGAUUUUGAAGUACAUAAUGACGGUGGAAACAUGAAUUUAGAAAAAGAAGUUACAUUAUUCACACU